AUGGAUAUAGGAAUAAAAAGUAAUCUUCAGAUUAAAAAUUUAUUCAAAUCAAGGUUCCUACACCACUAUAAAAAAAAAAGGUUCCUACACCACUAUAAAAAAAAAGAAAUACAACUCUGGAAAAUUAUCAGAAGUAACUGUUUCAUCUUCUACCCUCUGAACUCCAUGUUUUCCAGGUUCUAUAAAAAAAUAGAGCUGCUGUGCUAUAGAGAUAUGUUACUGAGCACAAAUAUCUCCUCUGCAUCCUCACCCUAUGACAUAAAACAAUGCAUCACUGUUGUCUAUGAGCUCUGGGGACUAUCUUGGUUGCCCUGA